AUGCCGGAGGACGGCGGCCGGGCGCUGCGCUGCUUGCUGGCCGCAGUGGGGCUGCUCUCGGCGCUAAGCGCCGCGGGGACGCUCUUCCUGCUGGGCCAGUGGAGGGAGCUGAGCGCGGCGCUGCGGGAGCUGGAGGCUGCGCGGCACCAGGGGGGAGACACUGACAGCAUCCUGCGGUCCCUCUUGGGCCCCACCGCCCCGGGGGCAGCGGCCCCAGGAGCCGCCCGGCACAAGAGGAGCCACCGCGGAGCGGGCGCCAGGGGCCACGUUCGGGCCGAGAACGACGAGUUGCUCAUGAUGAUGACCUACUCCAUGGUGCCGGUCCGUGUGAUGGUGGAUUUAUGUAACAGCACAAAAGGGAUAUGCUUAACAGGCCCUCCAGGCUCCCCAGGGCCUCCUGGACUUGAUGGAUUACCAGGCUACAAUGGAUCAGAUGGCAUCCCUGGCAUCCCAGGGCCAAAGGGGGAACCAGGAGUAAAUGGAAGAAGAGGAAAAAUAGGUUUACCAGGACCAAAAGGUGAUCCAGGAGAGAAAGGAGAAAAAGGAGACCCUGGUGAACUGGGCUUACCUGGCAAAGAUGGGAUGCCAGGAGGGAAAGGUUCAAGAGGAGCAAAGGGGGACAAAGGGGAUGCAAACAAUGACGUGAUAUCAGAAGGUGCAAAGGGAGAGCCAGGGCCCCCAGGGCCCCCAGGGCCGCAAGGUCCUCCUGGGCCACCAGGGAAGCGCAAAGCAAAAUCCCAGGUUCAGGAGAACAUGUACAGCAGCAAGUGCACAGGUGAGACAUGUGCCAUACCAAAUGAUGACACGCUGGUAGGAAAAGCUGAUGAGAAAACCAAUGGAUACCAUCCAAAAAAAGCUGAAUGCAUCAUUAAAUCAAUAGGAAGUCCCACUGAGAUGGGUAAGAUACAGCAAACAUUUGGAACAUGGAUGAGGGAACCUGCAAAUAGAAGUGAUGAAAGAAUUUGGCUUACGAUGCAUUUUUCAGGAAACUUCAUAAAAGAAUAUGAGAAUGCAAACGCAUUGCUGAAUGACAGCUACAGGAUCAUUAACCUCACGGGGAUCUUUUAUGGAUGUGGCCAUGUGAUAUAUAACAACUGCCUAUACUAUCAAAAAGGAGGAACCAGUAUCAUUGUGAAAUUUGAGCUUGAUACAGCAUCAGUCAGAACCCUGAGAAUUGAAAAUGCCUUACACGAUAGUCGCCACUACCUCUUUUCUAACGCCAAGACGUACUUCAACGUGGCAGUGGAUGAAAAGGGUCUUUGGAUUAUCUAUGCCUCAAGUAUUGAUGAAAAUAUCAUUGUAGCACGUAUUGACGAAGAGACAUUUUCAGUCGUUCAGCAUAUCAACACUACAUACCCCAAGUCCAAAGCUGGCAAUGCAUUCAUAGCAUGUGGAGUGCUAUAUGUUACUGAUACUAAGGAUAUGAGGGUAACUUUUGCUUUUGAUUUGUUGAGAGAGAAGCAAAUCGAUGCAAGCUUUGAGUUAAGAUCAGCACAAUCUGUUCUUGCUAUGCUUUCAUAUAGUCUAAGAGAUAGAGACUUGUAUACAUGGGAAAAUGGCUAUUUAAUGCAAUACCAUGUACAUUUUGACAGCUGA